AUGCCGCAUGCGCAUUCGAGUUCGGCUGCGUCCUCGGGCGGCGACGACCUGGGCUCCACGGAUGAGGUCAAAGUGUUCAAGGACGAGGGGGACGGAGAGGACGAGAAGAGGAGCUCGGAGAACCUGUUGGAGGAGAAGUCUAGUCUGAUUGAUUGGACUGAGAGCGAGGAAAAAUCGGGCGAGCCGUAUUCCGGGAAGUUAUCUGUUAAGUCAGAUCUCAGUCCAGUUUUUGGUAAAUUCGAGCCGCAUCCAGCAGCCGGCUUCAACAUGGGCUACCUCAUGGCACCUUAUCCUUACCCCAACGGUGGAGCGCACCCCUUGCCGGUCUCAAUGGCCAGCAAAAUGGGCUUACCGGCGGGGAGCAGUCUUUCUUUAUUUUGUCCGGGCGGGGAGUUGGGUCAGCCACCCCCAGCGCAUAUGGGCAUUCCACCCCCUUAUCAAAUAGAUUCUAAACUGGCAGCGGGAUUAGCGCGAACGCCAAUGUACCCCUUUCCGGGGGGUACAUACCCCUACCCCAUGCUUAGCCCGGAAAUGUCACAGGUUGCUGCUUCGUGGCAUACUCCAAGCAUGUACCCCAUAUCUUCGGCAGCAAGUGGGUUCCGGAGUCCUUACCCUACCUCUUUGCCGAUAAGCACCUCUAGUCUAUCAAGUGAAUUGUACCGGUUUUCGCCGACACUCGGCGGAGGCCUAGGGCUCGGUUUGGGGCCCGCGUUAGUGCCUCCACCUCCCUCUAAGACUGACCUAUUUACGCAUCAUUCGAGGUCACAGGAAAAGAGCAGUAGUUCAAGUGACAAAACGUCAGAGCCCAGUAGCAAUAACAGUAAGGAGCAGAAUAAAAAGCCACACAUAAAGAAACCCCUGAACGCCUUUAUGCUGUACAUGAAGGAGAUGAGAGCCAAGGUAGUCGCUGAGUGCACGCUGAAGGAAUCAGCAGCCAUCAACCAGAUCCUGGGUAGACGGUGGCACUCGUUGAGUCGCGAGGAGCAAGCAAAGUACUAUGAGAAAGCGAGACAAGAGAGACAGCUCCAUAUGCAGCUGUAUCCCGGGUGGAGCGCCAGGGACAACUACGGUUACGGUUCCAAAAAGAAAAAGCGGAAAAAGGACCGCGGUCCCGCCGAACUGGGAGGUAUUGGACCCUUGGUCGUGGACCCGACACGCGGGAUGGGUUGUCACGUCGACGCUUGUGUACACUCGCUUUACCCCUCCCCUCCAGAGCCGCGCGCUCUCCCACUAACACGCCCCGGGGUCGCUUGCCGUCCAGGGCUCCUAACACGAACUAACCGGCUCGUUCACCCGUCACCCGUCCUGUAUUGGCAUGCCCUUGGCCGCGAGGAACAAGCCAAGUAUUACGAGCUGGCGCGGCGUGAACGCCAACUGCACAUGCAGCUCUAUCCCGAUUGGUCGUCUAGGGCUAAUACGCAAAGGGGCAAGAAGAGGAAACGAAAGCAGGAGACAACCGAUGGAGGAAACAAUUUGAAAAAAUGUCGAGCGAGGUACGGUCUCGAUCAACAGAACCAAUGGUGCAAACCUUGCAGGCGGAAGAAAAAGUGCGUGCGGUACAUGGAAGCUCUCGCGGCAGCCGGGGGGAUGGUCCCAAUGCCCAUGCAGACCCCGCAAUCACCAUGUUCUGAAGAGGAUGUGAAACUGGAGGAACUGUCUGACGCGUCUAGUGACGAGGCGGAUACUCCACUCAAUUCAGCGUCCAGUCCGGGGGGGUUGAGUGCGUUAUCGUCUCUCGCGUCGCCGGCGUCAGACCCCCCACCGCCAGCCAGGAAUCCCGUGGGGACGAACCCGCGGGAUGCGAACAAUCCCCUCUCCGUUAACCAGCUCACCUCUCAGACGUGGCCGCGGGCGGCGCAAGCGAGGCCGGGUCACGAGGUGAUAUCUGUGUCAUAG